UCUGGUGACAGCCAAUCACGUAGCAGACUGGACGGGACUACUAAGCGUGGCAGUGCAGGUGGCGAGUAGCGUGAAUCGUUGGUGUAUUAUUUUUCACCAAAUUCAACUUCUAAAAAGAAAUUCACGACUGGCGGUAGUAAUACGAGUCGGCGGUACCUUGAACUCCAUCUUCGGUCGACAUUUGUCCUAAAACUGUUUGGCGUUUGACAGCUAGAGUCGGACAAAGGUCGACACAGAUUGACAGUGGGCGAUAUCGUUAUUAGCUCACUGGAGCUAACUUGACCCUACAUAUCAGCUGCCUCAGCGCUGUAUGUGCGGCAAUAGCAUGUCAGCGCCUUUACCUGCCAUUGUGCCUGCUGCCCGGAAAGCCACUGCAGCGGUGAUAUUCCUCCAUGGUCUUGGUGACACAGGACAUGGCUGGGCAGAAGCUUUCGCAGGCAUCAGGAUACCACAUGUGAAAUACAUCUGUCCACACGCUCCCACCAUGCCUGUUUCUUUGAACAUGAGAAUGUCAAUGCCUUCUUGGUUUGAUAUAUAUGGUUUGAGCCCAGAUGCAAAUGAAGAUGAGACUGGUAUUAAAAGAGCGUCAGAGAACAUUAAAGCCUUGAUAGACCAAGAAGUGAAGAAUGGAAUACCUUCACACAGAAUUCUCCUAGGCGGAUUUUCACAGGGUGGAGCAUUGUCUCUCUACACGGCUUUGACCACUCAGCAGAAGCUAGCUGGAGUGGUCGCUCUGAGCUGCUGGCUCCCUCUCCGCAACUCCUUCCCUCAGGCAUCUGCCAACAGUGCUAACAAGGACAUGCAUGUCCUACAAUGCCAUGGGGAUGCUGACCCCCUGGUGCCCUUUAUAUUUGGCUGUCAGACAGCAGAGAAGAUGAAAAGCCUCAUAAAUCCAGCUAACAUCACCUUCAAGUCGUAUCGGGGUCUACCUCACAGCGCCUGUCCAGAGGAAAUGGUGGAUGUUAAACGAUUCAUAGAGAAGCAGCUUCCCCCCAUCAGCAAUGAAUGAACUUUGGAGGAGCCGCACACCCACACAGCACCAUCAGAGUCCUUUGGGCUUGAUUCUAGUGAGACCCUGUGCAAUCCAGGAGCCACUGACUUACUUGACAAUAAAACCACGCUGCUACUCAUAGAGCCAGACAGGACUGGGGCUCUUUGUCAACCCGGGAGAGGCAUAACGAUAAACAAUGCUGUAUUCUGACCUGGAGCCACGCACAACCCUCAGUGUUAGAGUAACUUUAGUUGCUUGAUUGUAAAGCUAUUUGCCAUUGAGACAAGCCAUUUCCUGCUGGAAACGUAUGUAUUGGAAUAAAUAGGGCUAUACUUUAUGGUCUAAUACCUACUAUCUCACAAUAAAUGGCCUAUUGCUAAAUGCUCUUUUUAUUAUUAUUAUUAUUAUUAAUGGAGCCUCUGUGUAGUAGUCCUGAAACAAGUUCUUAGUUGAUAAAUUAACUAAUUUAAUUAAGGCAUUUUAUCUAGCAAAAACACAUUUGUUGCUUCCAGCUUUUUAAAUUUGAAUAUUUCAGAUUUCUUUUCUCUUUUAAUUUAAUGUAAAUAUAGUAUUUGGCGGUUUUGGAUUUGUUGUCAGACAAAACAACUGACUUAAAGACAUCAACCUGGGCUUUUGUGACACGUCAUGAAGACGUUUUAGUAUUUUUGAUGUCCUAUAGACUAAACGAUGAAUCGAAAAAAAUACGCAACUAGUUUGUUUUUUUUGCAGCUCUAAUCUCUUCUAAAUAAUUUUUAGACAAAGCACAUGAAAAAAAAUAGGUGUAACAGCUUAAUAUGCAAUCCACAUAACUAUCAUGUUGACAACACACAACAGCAAAAACAACAUACGAUUGUGCUUUAUUCAAUUUGUGAGAAUUCAAAUAGCUAUUUCACACAAAUUCCAUGUUUUAAAUACACAAAUAUAUCAGUGGUCAUGGUCCUAUUCAGUUUUCCCCCGUUUUGUUUAAAUUAAAUAUAAUAUGACUAAUAUCACAGUAUUGAAACACAGACAAAAUCUAUUUCCAGGUAUCAUCAGCUCAUCGAGUUGUAAAAACUUUGAUCUUUGAGAAGAGCUGAAAGCACCAACAUAUGAAGUCAUUGUCGCACCAUUCAUGUUAGACCAAAGGUGCUAGUGUAGAAGAUCUUAUUCCAAGGCACUUUCCUUCUUCUUAAAUUGCUGUUAAAUAAAACCUAUUAGUUUCUACAAGAACUGGAUAUGCAUUAAGGCCCACAAUAUACCUAAAUACAAAUGCAGUGCUCACAGAUGCAUGCUUUCCCUCAUUGAAUAAGGUAGAAAAGUGCAAUGUCAAGCGCUAGGGAAUAUAUAAAAAUAUAGAUAUGUUUUCGAACAAGUAACUGAUGCUGGACCUAACAUUUGUUCUUGUUUGCUCCAAGUGUUUUGGUAAGCUAAUCGUGGGUGAAUAAACAGCAGUUAACAGCUGGAUAAAGACCGGUUUUAAGUAGUGUUCAUUUUCCUGUCUGUCUUUCUCUAAAUAGCACGACUCCAACAGGAACACAAAACUCUUUUGGAUGGGACGCAUGCGCCAUUUAGAAAAGCUAGGUGUGUGGCAGUGGAAGGUCUAUGGCUCGGGGGGAGGCUCUUCCAGGCUCUUCAGCAGAUCUGCAUACUCCGACGAGUUUAUGAAGCGGGGGUACGAGUCUCUCUGCAUCAGCGUGUAGAUUUGCUGCUGAGCGUCGUCAAACGUGUGCGAGGUCGGCUCCAACAUGUUGCGGUUUAUCACUUCUCGAACACGAGAGUCCAAACUGACCUGGAGAAGAUGAGCAGGUAAAAGAUUGAAGCUCUCUUACAUGUAAACACACCGUAUGGAGCUAACAUGAUAUGUUGAUUAAUCUGACUGAAAAUGUAAAGGGUGUGUACAAAAUUAAAAAAAUCACCUGUAUAUUAACGGCAACAAAAAUGUAUGUGUACAGUGCAAAAGAAAAGUUAUGGAGAGUUACCUGCUGUAACAAUUUAACUUGGAGGUGCUGGUAUGCUGCUUCUCUAUUCUCCCAGUCUUUAUGCUAAGCUAAUCGACUACUGUCCCCAAGCAUCAUACUUAGUGCACAGAUGUGACAGUAAUAUUGAUCUUUUCAGCAAAUGAUCGCAUUUCCCAAAAUCUCGAAUCAUUCCUAAUAUUUUGGGGAUUUGAAUUGUUUGUCAGACAAUUAACAAGCAAUAGCCUAUUGCAAGUAGUCUUUUAUUCUGGGAACUUUUGUACUUAUUUCUGACAUUGUAAUUGACACAAAUUGAUUAAUUGAUUCAAAUAAUUUACAGAUGAAUUCAAAUAAGUAAUGAAUAUUUAAACAAAUAAUUUAGGAUGAAAAUGACCAUAAAUUGCAGCCGUAAAUUAUUAUUUUCAUGAUCAAUUGAUUUAGUUUAGUUUGUAAGAUGUCAUAAGACCCCAAAACAGCCAUCGUAGUUUCCUAAAGCCUGAAAUAAUGUCUUUAAAUAAACUUAUUUUGUCCAACAGUUAAAAACCUAAAGAUUCAGUGAUAUAAAA